CUCAUGACACUUUAUGCAUCCUCACUUCCUAUAUAAGACUCAGAUCAGAAGGCAGAUUUCACUCGCCGGUCAGGAGCAACGACAAGCAAGGAGAUGGCAAGCAAACCUGUGAUCUCAGGCGGCAAAAGGCUCAGAGAUCCUUCUGUUCAGCCGUUAAAGAUCAAGUUUUUGAUCAAUAUUCCUCUGAAGGUGGAUUCAGAAGAGCAGGCAAAGGCCAGAUGUGGUUAUUUACUGGACAAGCUACCUGGAGGAUUUAGGGAGGAGGACAGGAUAAUUACGAAGGGUAAAAACGGAAAGAAUGUGCUAGAAGAUGUAGCUGUGAUUUUCGGCAUGAAUGGAAAAUACACCCCAGGACUAGACAAGGUUCUGAAGAAGCUCCAAGACUUCGAGUACGAUUGUAAAGACACACACAUCAAGCAUUCUGUAAUCACCUACACCUGGGGAAAAGGUGGAACAAUAGCACAAGAACUCCCUGACCCUAAUCCUGCUGAGGACUUAAUUCCGUACCAGGAUAUUCGAGAGUAUCUGAAAAAUAAUGAUGCUACAAAGGAGCUUGUGGAGGAGUUGAGGGGAAAAGAUCCACACUGUCUGCUUUACUUCAGUUUCGUUGAUAGUGACACGGUCAACUUUAACUCCAUCUACAGUGAAUACAUACAGACUGUGCGAGAAGAGCUGAGGAAAGACAAGGUCCCUCCCACCGUGAUGUCGACUGGUUACGAGGUCAACCGUAACAGUGAGCAUCACAUUGCCACUUGGCUGGACCGCAUGACUCGGGUAGCUGUGGCAGAGGUCCAUCCCCUCCUCGUGUACUACCCAGAACCCAACUUCUGUGUCCUAGUGCGCCACGGAUUAAACACCAUAAUGGAGAGUUUCAUCAAACCAAAUAGGAACAAAAACCAGCCACGCGUGAUGGAGUCAGCAGUUCUGAUCAGACGGGUCAAGGAACGUGAGAAUUUCAAGGCUGUGUUUUCUGACAAAGAGCCGAUCCACAUCGAUACUCCAGGCAGAUUCAAGCUUAGUGGCAAAGGCCUGGUGACCGGUCAGUCGGCCCUGGAGGGGAUGAAUUUGGCGAUCUGUACUUAUGCUAACGGGGUACUCACAAACGCCAGAGUGUACAACAAGGAACAAGCAGGCCCAUCGGACCCAGUGAAACAAGGCAAGCUGCCUAAAGGAAUAACAGGAAUAAACAGAGCCUUCAUCAUAGACUUAUAUAACUGUAAAGAUGACAUGCAAUUUGAAGAGCUGGUGAAGAAGAAUCCAUAUGACAUAAACGGAAAAGUCGCCACCAUCCUAGUCGAGGCCAUUAGAGCAGCACGAAAAUACCGAAAUGUAAUUUAUGAACUUGAUGAAAUGUUCGCUAAAUUGGAAAUUUCUUCGUCUUCUUCCGCUUCUUCAUCUUCUUUGUUGAAUUGUGAAAAAUAAAAUCCGAAUUCUUGUUCUUACUUCAUUCUGGAUAAAUGUAUUAAAGUUGUUGGAACGUGUUAUCAUGGAUAUUAUCAAGAAGGAAUUGAAAAUAAAGCUCGAUUGUAGCCGUGA